CGAGGAAACAGGAAGUACAUUCGGGAAUCCUGUCUUCGUGCGCGGCGGUUUUCUACCAGAGCACAGCGAGUAGCGGAAACGGGCUUUGGAAGGGAAAUUAAGUUCGGAAAAAUCAAUUUCGAAAGCACCUCGCGUUCCAGCGUAAUGUAUUGAUGAGAAGAAAAGGGUUUGUCGUGGCUGGAAUCAUUGUUUAUCUCACGUACAAGCUGUUGAGAUUUAUCUUGCAUUCUGUGGGGCAUUUUCCUGUGGAUACGAGGUGAAAACAAAUUCAUAAAAGUGAUUCCCGGAGCCAUAUUUGCUGUGCAUUGCGAAACCAAAAAGUGUAAUCAAGUGUGAAAACCGACUGCACAAUUCCAGGGCCACGUGAGAGAGAAUUAUCGUGAGAUUCGGGCAGAGUUUCGAAACCUUCGUUGGGACGGAGCCAAAUAAUCUGUUUUGUAUGCGGGACGUCUUCUUCGAUCGCAACCACGGAAUUACAUGAGUGAGUGAAUGAGUGGAAGGCUUCGGCCGUGCUGAGAUUUGCGAGCACCCACCCCUAGAAGUGGAGGAGAAAAAGCAAAGUGUGAAGUGUUAUUUUCCAAUUACUGGUGCACUUAAGCCCGGCGAAAAGUGAGUGGAAGCAUUAAUUAGUGAGCGUGUGCAUCGUCGAAGUUCUUCUCCUGGUUGGGACCUUGGACCGGGGAAAUAAAUUGCCUUCAUGAUUUGAUACGGGAUGCUCUAGUGAUACGUGUCCCCGGUCGCCAGCCAGCCAGAGUCUCCGUCUCCAGCACAGGAUGAGAUGGGAGUAAUGGAAUUCGUUGAAGGCCGCAACUAUCGGCGCGCGUAGAAGAGAAGCGAGGAAUCAAGUGUUCACGUUCGGUUCUUCCUUCGGAGGCUCCCAUUAUAAUCGGUUGCAGCAAAGGAAAAACGCGAAACUAAUCGAUUAUUGGUGGUGGCCCCGUCGCACACACAUACACACACAAACACACAAACAUAGGCAAACAAACACACGGCAGCAGCGCCAUGGGUUGUGAACUAACGAAAUUAGCCAGCAGUAACGGGGGCUCCAAAGGUAACAACGUGCCCAGUCUGGACGCCUGUGGACCACCCCCCACGGAUAGCCGGUUGCCGCUCACUGCCAAACAGAAAUACACCAUGGUGGCCUCGUGGAAGGGCAUCAGCCGGGCGAUGGAGACGACCGGGAUCCACAUGUUUAUCAAACUGUUCGAAGAGCACUCGGAUCUGCUGGAAAUGUUCGCCAAUUUUAAGGAGCUCAAAACGAAAGAGGAACAGGCAACAUCGGAGGAGCUGCAGGAGCACGCCAACAAGGUGAUGAACACCCUGGACGAGGGAAUCCGGGGCCUGGAUGAUUUGGACACUUUCUUCGAGUUCAUCCACCAGGUGGGAGCGUCCCACAGGCGAUUACCCGGCUUCAAACAGGAAUACUUCUGGAGAAUAGAGGAACCCUUUCUGUCGGCGGUAUCGAACACGCUGGGAGAUCGAUACACGCAAAACGUCGAAGGAAUUUACAAGCUGACUAUCAAAUUCAUAAUCGAAACGCUAGUCGCAGGUUAUGAAUCAAGUGCCAACAAUAACGAGGACGUCAACAAUGCGAAUUUGUCGACGACGGGGUCGGCGGCGGGGCCGACGACUAGCGGGGAUAAGAAGACUUCUUGAACGUCCG